AUGGAGUUCAACGCCACCUCGGGAGGCUUCCAGUCCCGACGGUCAUACCCAUCCCUCCGCCACAUCUCCCUAGCACCCUUAAACCCACGGUUCCCCAUUGACGACGACGACACAGAUCCAACAGACUACUUCAACCACCGUGACCAUGAAACUCCAACUAGCGGCACCCGUACACCCCCAGCAUCAUCAUAUCUAUCCAGCGUCUCAGUCCCAAGCACGCCACCGAUCCUCUCCCACUCACGCAGCAACUCGCGAAGCCGCCACAAGCGCAGCAAAAGCUCUAUUGGGGCAGGACCAUUAAGCGACACGAACUUGCACAGCCGGGACCUAGGUCAUGCCCUCCACCACAUCCAAGACAAACACAAGAAACAGCCCAGCAUCUCGCACUCACAAGGACGACGCCCGCUCCCAGACAGCACUCCGAAAUCCAAAUCCGACGCAGAAUGGAUGCUCCGCGCAGGAAUCGCCCUAGCAUCCUCGACCCGCGAAGAAAAAGGCCAAAGCUGGCUCUCCAAGCGCGAGAGCUCAACAAGUCUCGUCCCAGACACGUCUUUCGAUGAAACGUCAACUACCCGCCACCACCACCGCACCAGAUCAGGCGCUUCGUCACGCAUGACCCGCUCCGGUGCUUCAACUCCAGGUGGAGCCGGCGCCCUCUCCCGCCGCGCGUCCCGCUCCCGCGCCGGCAGCAGACCCGGCAACAGUAGAGUCCAUCUAACCAUGACCGCCCUCCCGGCUUCAACGCCAGCAGAGAAGGAGAUAUCCACCCACUCGGGCACGGAUACAGGCACCGUGACACGAACGGCGAGCCCCGAAGCGCGCGGCCGUACUCCGCUAGUGCCUGACUUCGUAGACGCGAGCAUCCGCGCAGAAAUGGAAUCGCUACAGCACCGAUUCCCGGAUGAAGACUCAGUGCACUGGGACGGGGCAGGCUCUGACCAAGAUGAGACUUCGUCUGAGUACUCUUACGACUCUGACGAGACGCCGGAUGACUUCGAUGAAGCGGAUCUGCAGCAGCUGACGCGUGAGCGCGGGUUCGGGCUCGGGUCUUGGAUUGACCGGUUGGUUGAGUGGACGCUUUUCGGGGUUGAUGAGUGGCCUGCGGGUGUUCCGGCUGCGGCGGCUGCUUCGCGUAUUGGGACGGCGGAUACUACUACUACUGUUACAUUUGAGGAACCUGUUUUGGUGGAUGGGCGGGAUGAUGAUACGCUUUCGCUUGGGUCGGUUGGGGAUGGAGAUCUGUCUGAUGGGGAGGGUUCUACUGGUAGUGCUGCUCCUAUUGAUAAGCCUGGGAGUGAGGGUGGGUGGGAGGAUGCUGGGUGGUUGUUUCGUUUGGUGAAGCGGGCGUUGGUAUGA